UUGCGUCAUUUGGCUUUAAUGAUUAUAAUUGGUGACGCUAUACAUAAUUUUGCUGACGGUUUAGCUAUUGGUGCAGCCUUUACAGAUAGUACCACUGAAGGUAUAGCAGUCAGUGUAGCUGUCUUUUGUCAUGAAUUACCACAUGAAUUAGGGGAUUUUGCUGUCCUUCUAAAGACUGGUAUGACAAUAAAAUGGGCAGUAUUUUGGAAUGUGAUGUCUGCUUUGACAGCGUUUUUAGGAUUGUACGUUGGUUUAUCAAUUUCUGAAGAUGUUGUUGUUCGACAGUGGAUCUUCGCUGUAACAGCCGGCAUGUUUUUAUACAUUGCUUUAGUUGAUGUGGUAGGUACAGCAUUG